GCGGGGUCCGAGUGCAGUCUGCAAGCCUUGAUGCUGCAGCCCGGGGAACAGGAGCGCUACACAGCGAGAGAAGAGAGAAGAGAGGAAAGAGGAGUCGUUUGAGAGUCCAGACGGACCAUCAAAGACAACCAGCUCGCCCGGUUCAGUUCAGAUUCGGUUCUGCUGGGAAUCGCCAUAGAGGGCAGCCCAGCCGACAGACCAGCAAAGCUUAAAUAAGAAAAACAAAACAAAACCGAACCCCCCCCCCCCCAAAAAAAAAACACGGGUUCGGGCCCGGUUCCGGUCGUGUUUGAGCUGCUCUGAGCUGUGUGCUGAACUGAGCCGGGUAGCCUUUUUUCCGGUUUUGUUUUCGACACUCUGUGCUGAGGUUCCGGUGGGUUUGGACCGCGGUUCUGGGUGAGAUGGGAGCCGGUUCGGAUGACAGCCGAGCGCUGGCCCGGUACACCUGGCCCGAAGUGCAGCUGCGCAGCGGGCGCGAGGAGAAGUGGCUGGUGAUUGACAGGAAGGUUUACAACAUCAGCGAGUUCUGCAAGAGGCACCCCGGCGGCGUGCGAGUCAUCAGCCACUACGCAGGGCAGGACGCCACGGAUGCCUUCACUGCAUUCCACAUUGACAAGCAGCUGGUGGGACGCUACCUGAAGCCUCUGCUGAUUGGAGAGCUGGCCCCGGGACAGCCAAGCGUGGAGCCGAACAAGAGCUUGUCAAUAACAGAGGAUUUCCGUGAGUUGCGCGUGACGGUCGAGAGGGCGGGGCUUCUGAAGCCUCGCAAGCUGUUCUUCCUGCUGGCUCUAUGUCACAUCCUGCUGCUGGAGGCAGCCGCCUGGCUUACAGUCUGGGUCUGUGGCGCCUCCUGGCUGCCAUUCCUCGUCACUGCGGUUCUACUGGGCACCGUGCAGGCCCAGGCCGGCUGGCUGCAGCAUGAUUUCGGGCACCUCUCUGUGUUCGGGACUUCCCGCUGGAACCACGUGGUGCACAAGUUUGUGAUCGGGCACCUCAAGGGGGCCCCAGCGAGCUGGUGGAAUUACCUCCACUUCCAGCACCACGCCAAGCCCAACUGCUUCCGCAAGGACCCCGACAUCAACAUGCACCCCCUGCUGUUCGCUCUGGGGAAGACCCUGGCCAUUGAGCUGGGAGUGCAGAAGAAGAAGCACAUGCCCUAUCAGCACCAGCACAAGUACUUCUUUCUGAUCGGCCCCCCAGCCCUCCUGCCUCUCUAUUUCCAGUGGUACAUCUUCUACUUCGCAGUGCAGCGUCGACAGUGGCUGGACCUGGCCUGGAUGCUGUCGUUCUACCUGCGCUUCUCCCUCUCAUACCUGCCUCUGCUCGGAGGCCCAGCUACCCUGGCUCUGUUCUUCCUGGUCAGGUUCAUUGAGAGUAACUGGUUCGUGUGGGUGACCCAAAUGAACCACAUUCCCAUGGACAUCGACCGGGACCGCAACAAGGACUGGCUGACCAUGCAGCUCGAGGCGACCUGCAAUGUGGAGCAGUCUCUCUUCAACGACUGGUUCACCGGACACCUCAACUUCCAGAUCGAGCACCACCUGUUUCCCACAAUGCCGCGGCACAACUACAGCCAGAUUGCCCCUCUGGUGAAGUCACUGUGUGAGAAACAUGGGCUACAGUACCAGAACAAAACCCUGACCGGCGCCUUCUCAGACAUCGUGCUCUCUCUGAAGGAGUCGGGGGAGCUCUGGCUUGACGCGUACCUGCACAAGUGAGGAGGGAGCGGCAGAGGCAGAGAGACACACACACACACACUGACACACACUGACACACGCACACACACACACACACACACACUGACACACACACUGACACACGCACGCAUGCACGCACACACACAGAGACACACACACACUCUGACACACGCACUGACACACACGCAUACACACACACACGCAUGCACGCACUGACACACACUGACACACACACACACACACACACACACACUGACACACACAUACUGACACACACACUCACACUGACACACACACACACACACACACACACAUACUGACACACACACUCACACUGACACACACACACACACACACUCACACUGACACACACAGAGACACGCACACACACACACUCUCACACUGACACACACACAGAGACACGCACACACACAGAGACACACACACAUAAUUAGUGUUCUAGAUUUGUUUUCAUAACCCCAGCCUUUGUAAAUGUCUGGAAGGCUGGUGUGUGACUCGCCUCGUUGCCUUGAAAAAUAACGAAGGCUAAUGUGACAAGUCUGUCUGAUUUCAUGAUGAUGAUUUUGAUAUAUUUUUAGAAUAAUUUCAGCAGCAGAGUGCAGGGCUGAUAAAAAUAAAUAAAUAAAUAAAUCUAUUAAUAAAGAGAAAGAUCCAAUAGGAUAUGAUCUGCAUGAAAGUGUUCAAGUGCCUCACUGUCGACACACUGAAAACCUGCUGGCUUAAUACAGGUGCCUUACAUAGUGACCCAGAACUUCAAUAGGAGAAACAGGCAAAGAGACACACAGAGAGAAAGAGGCAGAGGAAAAAAGAGGAAGGGAAGGGAGAGAGAGAGAAAGGAGGAACGGGGGAAAAAGAAUGUGCAGAAGGGGAGGGAGGGAGAGAGGGAGGGAGGGAGUUCAGUGCCUUGUAAACAUCUCCAUUUUAAUAAAUGUCACAGACAGGGUGCAGCAAGAUUGCUAUGAGGUGACAUCAUCAUCUCUAUACUGUCCUGAGCUGUGAGCUUCAGCAGCAUCAUUAAUAACACAUCUCUACUGUCCUGAGCUGUGAGCUUCAGCAGCAUCAUUAAUAACACAUCUCUACUGUCCUGAGCUGUGAGCUUCAGCAGCAUCAUUAAUAACACAUCUCUACUGUCCUGAGCUGUGAGCUUCAGCAGCAUCAUUAAUAACACAUCUCUACUGUCCUGAGCUGUCAGCUUCAGCAGCAUCAUUAAUAACACAUCUCUACUGUCCUGAGCUGUGAGCUUCAGCAGCAUCAUUAAUAACACAUCUCUACUGUCCUGAGCUGUGAGCUUCAGCAGCAUCAUUAAUAACACAUCUCUACUGUCCUGAGCUGUGAGCUUCAGCAGCAUCAUUAAUAACACAUCUCUACUGUCCUGAGCUGUCAGCUUCAGCAGCAUCAUUAAUAACACAUCUCUACUGUCCCGAGCUGUGAGCUUCAGCAGCAUCAUUAAUAACACAUCUCUACUGUCCUGAGCUGUGAGCUUCAGCAGCAUCAUUAAUAACACAUCUCUACUGUCCUGAGCUGUGAGCUUCAGCAGCAUCAUUAAUAACACAUCUCUACUGUCCUGAGCUGUGAGCGUCAGCAGCAUCAUUAAUAACACAUCUCUACUGUCCUGAGCUGUCAGCUUCAGCAGCAUCAUUAAUAACACAUCUCUACUGUCCUGAGCUGUGAGCUUCAGCAGCAUCAUUAAUAACACAUCUCUACUGUCCUGAGCUGUGAGCUUCAGCAGCAUCAUUAAUAACACAUCUCUACUGUCCUGAGCUGUGAGCGUCAGCAGCAUCAUUAAUAACACAUCUCUACUGUCCUGAGCUGUCAGCUUCAGCAGCAUCAUUAAUAACACAUCUCUACUGUCCUGAGCUGUGAGCUUCAGCAGCAUCAUUAAUAACACAUCUCUACUGUCCUGAGCUGUGAGCUUCAGCAGCAUCAUUAAUAACACAUCUCUACUGUCCUGAGCUGUGAGCGUCAGCAGCAUCAUUAAUAACACAUCUCUACUGUCCUGAGCUGUGAGCUUCAGCAGCAUCAUUAAUAACACAUCUCUACUGUCCUGAGCUGUCAGCUUCAGCAGCAUCAUUAAUAACACAUCUCUACUGUCCUGAGCUGUGAGCUUCAGCAGCAUCAUUAAUAACACAUCUCUACUGUCCUGAGCUGUGAGCUUCAGCAGCAUCAUUAAUAACACAUCUCUACUGUCCUGAGCUGUGAGCGUCAGCAGCAUCAUUAAUAACACAUCUCUACUGUCCUGAGCUGUGAGCUUCAGCAGCAUCAUUAAUAACACAUCUCUACUGUCCUGAGCUGUCAGCUUCAGCAGCAUCAUUAAUAACACAUCUCUACUGUCCUGAGCUGUGAGCUUCAGCAGCAUCAUUAAUAACACAUCUCUACUGUCCUGAGCUGUCAGCGUCAGCAGCAUCAUUAAUAACACAUCUCUACUGUCCUGAGCUGUGAGCUUCAGCAGCAUCAUUAAUAACACAUCUCUACUGUCCUGAGCUGUGAGCUUCAGCAGCAUCAUUAAUAACACAUCUCUACUGUCCCGAGCUGUGAGCUUCAGCAGCAUCAUUAAUAACACAUCUCUACUGUCCUGAGCUGUGAGCUUCAGCAGCAUCAUUAAUAACACAUCUCUACUGUCUUGAACGAUUCAGUACCAUCAGCCCAUCAGUUUCCAGCUCUAGCGGGCUCUAAUAGACGGUAGAUGCAGCGUCACCGGGCACUAUCGCUUAAUUGAUGUUGUUGUUAUUAUUGUUAUUAAUGUUAUUAUGUGCUACAGUCCUGUGAUACCUCAGUCCUGAUUGAUUGACCGUGCUCUCUACACAUCACUGUCUAAUAAAAAAAUAAAAAAACUGAAAUAAAAAGCUUACAAGAUC